UUGAAGUCCACAGUUAAACCUUCAGCCCAGUUGGUUUAGAAACAGCACGGAGGAUUUCAGCCGCCUGCCAAGACUUCUUGAAACACUACCUGUGGAGAAAAUUCUAGGGCAAAACGCGUCUCUCUUUUAUUCGCAGCUCCAUUAAAAUUGCCCAAAGUGUUAGGACAUUACAGGACACAGAACUACGCCGAAGCGGUUGCAGGCCCAGGCUGUUGGACUACUUUACUUUCACGUUUUGAGAAAGGGAGGCUGCGCGGGUACAUGGAUGAGUGAAGAGGAGCCGAGAAGCUCCCCCGCUGCUUUUAGAGAGUGAGGAGGAUUAGGCUGGAGCUCAGCGGAGGCACUCUCACACUGCAACCGGAGCUGGAGCCAUGAGCAGGGCGCUUACGGAGCACAUCAGCAGUAGCUUCCGAGAAGAUGCUCCUCGUCCUCCGGUACCGGGGGAGGAGGGAGAGGCGCCAUGCUUCAACCCCAGCAGAUCUGCCAAAAUGAGAGCCCAGAGCAAGGUUAAAGAUACUCCCGCAGCGCCUCCCGGCACCACACCGCGGAGGAACGAGGAUGGACUCGGGGAGCCAGAGGGCAGCGCGUCCCCGGAUUCGCCCCUAGUCCGGUGGACAAAGUCUCUGCAUUUUCUCCUGGGGGACCAAGACGGCGCUCACCUCUUUAGAACCUUUUUGGAACGGGAGAAUUGCGUGGACACUUUGGACUUUUGGUUCGCCUGCAACGGCUUCAGACAAAUGGACUUAAAGGAUACCAAAACGUUGCGAGUUGCCAAAGUUAUUUUCAAGCGGUACAUCGAGAACAACAGCAUUGUCGCGAAGCAGCUGAAACCGGCCACCAAGACCUUCAUAAGGGAUAGUAUUAAGAAACAACAAAUAGACUCUGCCAUGUUUGACCAGGCACAGACGGAAAUUCAGUCCAACAUGGAAGAGAAUGCAUACCAGAUGUUUUUGACCUCUGACAUAUACCUCGAAUACGUGCGCACAGGCUGCGAAAACGCGGCAUACAUGAACCACGGCGGUCUCGGCAGCCUCAAGCUAAUGUGCGGAUACCUUCCUCCUCUAAUGGAGGAAGAGGAGUGGACUUGUAAUGACCUGAAGGCAAAAACGUUAGGGUCUGUGGUUGGACUGUCUGCGAAAACCCUGAGGGCUACCGCUACCAUCCGGACAGCCGCUGAAGUGCUGGAGAAUAGUUGCAGGUCCCACCAGCGAGGAGAGCCUGCCAGCCCCUACUUUGUCAACUCCGGCUACAUUUUUGCCCCUGCCACCAGUGCCAAUGACAGCGAGUUCUCCAGUGAUGCUACAACAGAUGAUUCCAUGUCCAUGACAGACAGUAGUGUAGAUGGGAUUCCUCCAUAUAAGGUGGGCACUAAGAAGCAACUCCAGCGAGAGAUGCAUCGCAGUGUCAAGAUCAAUGGCCAGAUAACUCUUCCCCACUUUCCUAGGACACAUCGGCUGCCUAAGGAAAUGACCCCUGUUGAGCCCUCAGCCUUUGCUGCCCAGCUCAUAUCUCGGCUGGAGAAGCUGAAGCGAGAGCAGGACACCAUGAGCUCAUUAGAGGAGAGGCUGCAGCAGAUCCAGGAGGAGGAGGAAAGGGAGGAGAGCAGUGACCUUACCAGCAGCAUCUCCCUCCAUCAACCUCUGCUCCCGUCUGGCAGCCAAUGCGAGGAAGACCCCCAAGCUAUCCUGGACGACCACCUAUCCCGUGUCCUGAAGACUCCUGGAUGCCAGUCACCAGGUGUGGUUCGGCACUCACCACGCUCCCGCUCCCCGAAUCGGACCGAUGCUAUGCUGUCCUCUGGCCACGGGCCCUUCUUUGGUGCGUUUCCGGGGGCCGCCAAGGUUUUGAUGACAGGCAGGCCGUCCACAAAGCACAUCCACCACCACUACAUUCACCAUCACCACACUGGGCCCAAGACCAAGGAGCAGAUUGAGGCCGAGGCGGCUCAGCGCGUGCAGUGCCUCUGCCCCCCAGGGGGCGCCAAUUAUUCCGACUUCACCCCUGCUCGCUGCAGCACUUUGUCCAGACGGCCAGUUAAGGCCAUCGAUGAGGGUGUGUCUUCCCCACGCCUCCCCUUAGACGCCACUGACCGCUCUCAGAAUGUUUGGCAGUGGAUCCUAGAGAGUGAGAGGCAGGGCAAGCACAAGCCACACAGCGCUCAAGGCCUAAAGAAGUCCAGCCCGCUUGACUCCAAAACUCUGCCCGGUCGGACUCACUCCACCUGGGGAGGAGGUGGCAUUGGCAGUGGGGCUCACCUCCGUGGCCACCACCCAGGCCACCCGUUCAUCCAGGACCCGGCCAUGCCCCCCCUGCCCCCACCUAACACCUUGGCACAGCUAGAGGAGGCCUGCCGCAGACUAGAAGAGGUCUCCAAGCCCCCAAAACAAAAGCAUUCAGCAGCAGCCAGCAGCCUUCAGAAAGACAGGAGCCAUCCAGCAGCUGCCUUCCCCACUGGAGCCAGCCUUGGACUCCAAACAGACGAGUCUAAAGAGCUUGUGGUCACCUACUUCUUCUGCGGAGAGGAGAUUCCUUAUCGCAGCAUGAUGAAGACCCACUGCCUCACCCUGGGACACUUCAAGGAACAGCUUAGCAAGAAAGGCAACUACCGGUACUACUUCAAGAAAGCCAGUGAUGAGUUUGAGUGCGGUGCCGUGUUUGAGGAGGUGUGGGAGGAUGCCAGCGUGUUGCCCAUGUAUGAGGGCAAGGUCCUGGGCAAGGUGGAGAGGAUGGACUAAAAAGCCACUUUGUUGCCAACCAACCAAUGCCCUUCCCCACCCAACCAAAAGCUAAUCUGUCCCUAAAAAAACUUGAGCAAGAGACUCUUUGUAAUUAACAGAAAAUACUCUGGACUCCUUUUUUUUUCUUUUUUUUAUUACUUAAUAUUAAGCUAAACAGAGUUAAUAUAUCCAGCACAAGAGGAGUGAUUGAAGGAAGACGAGCCAAUGAAGUAUGCCGAAACCAGAGGAGGUGCCGCCCCUCCCUGACUUUAUCAACCAAUCAGCCUUAGAAACACAAGGGAAUGACAUGAGAGACCAAUACAAGGAUGAUGAAAAAUGAUUGGAGGCCGGGAUGGGGGGGGGGAACUCCCCCGCCCCUCCCCGGCACUUUUUAAAUAUAACCACUGAAGAUGUAGAGGACAGUUUGGUUGUGAUGUGAUGAGAGACUGAUGGUGCGUUCACGCCCGAGUGCGACAGACUAGCAGGCACUGAAGACACAGCGCCACCAACCUGCUCUUAACGUAACACUCCCAACAUUGUUACAAAAAACUUCUGUACAUGUGCAUAUACAUACAUGCAUAUAUGUAUAGAUACAUGUAUUAUAUAUAGAGAUGCUUUUUGGCACAAGUUGAAAGUUUUUAUUAAGUAUUUAUUAAAGGAGAAGAAAACAACCCACUCUUUUCCCUCUAGUUCUCCCUUCCUCGAGUCUUCUUAAACCUGUGUCCCUCCCCCUUUCCCUAUUUCCAGCCAAUGGGCAAGCUGCUUUGAAUGUUGGGAGAAUACUGUGGUGAUAUUGUUUAGUAUAUGAGUAUUUUUUUUUUUAACUUUUACACAAAGGACGUGACACUAGCCUAGCACCUCCCAUAGCCUUGUAGACCUGUCUGAUCCGAACUAACAAGGCACACUCGUUCUAUUCUAUUCUAAUGGUUGAUCCCAGUCCUAUAUGCUGCUGAUAGUUUGUAAUGUUAACUUUUGUCACACUAGUAUUUCCUCUCCCCCCUCCCUCUCUUUUUAUCUCAGUCCGGUGAAAGAGCUCAAACUUGUGUUGUUGUGCCUUUGUUUGUGAACCAGGCAUUGCACAAAGAGGGGGUGGGGGUAAAAACAGUUGCAGAUACACACAGAGAGGAGACCUGGAGCACAAGCUGUACCAUCUAAUAAUGGCAGCGUUUACAGCCCGCACACCAAAAUAACUUGUGCUAACAAGAAGAAGUUUGGGUCACUGAGAGCGACUUCUCGAAGGAAGUCAGCUAGCGUGUCAAAAACACAAAAAGAAAAACAAC